CCCUCCCUAGAUCAAACCCUAGAGUAGGUAGGCCUACCAUUGUCAAGGAGGAAGAGUUGACAGGACGCGCUUUUCGGGAUUGAGGGGCUCUGCAUUGCCGACCAGGGUCGUCGUGCAGCCUUGGAGGGCGACUCUUCAGUGCAGAGUAGGAUCACCUCUUUUGUGAUUGUGUGGGGUGGUCGACCUGCAGCAGGAUGGCGGGUAGCAUUAGUUUGUGCCGCAUGGGGGCUGUUGCUCCCGUGGGCCAGUUUAGCGGGAUGCGGCAAAAGAACUGCAUAGAUGGGGUUACCUGCUCGCGACCCACGCCUCUGCUUCUCCCCCGGCAGGUUUGCAGUGCCAGGGUGGCCAUGUCGCAGCACCCUGUGAAUGCGGAGGUGGAGUUCAUGGAGGGGGAUGACCUAGAGAGGGGCAUUCAGCGUUUCAUCCGUGAGGUCAAGUCGUCGGGAGUUCUCUUCGAAGUUCGACGGAAGCGUUUCCAUGAGGACAAUCAGGAGAAAAGGAAGCGGAGACUGAUGCAAAAGUUGAAACGGGACGCUAGGGACAGACGGGUUGCCAGGAAGAGAAAUGACGACUUCUAUGGAAACACGAUGCCGCUGAUCGGGGAAGAGCCCAAGGUGUUCAAGCCACGGGCCAGGAGAGAGGACAGGGGCAGCAUGCCAUCAUUUGACACGAACUACAACGAGCCGAUCACGGAAGCAAAUGCAGGGCUGUUGGAUGUAUUUGUACUCAUGACCGUCUGCCUGGCAAACCACGCGUUCUAUUUUGGUGCAUUCUGGUAUCUGUUCUCGCUUUUUUAA